CCAGAUUAAUACGCUAAUCUUAUUACUAUUAUUACUAUCGUAUGCACUAUUUUUCUUAGUUGUGUUUUUGUUAUUCUGUACUAUUUAAUGGCGUAAGGUGGAGAAACCAAAAUAUACACAAGUUAGAGAAAAAAAGAAGAGCAAAGGAGUUAUGGAUUAUUGUAUUUUACUUAUCCUCACCAUUCUUGUUACAAUUCUCAUCACCAAGAUUUUUAUCCUACUCGCUAAACCAAACAAAAACCUUCCACCGUCGCCACGUAUCUGUUUUCCAAUCAUCGGACACCUUCACCUCCUCAAACAGCCACUGCUACACCGGACUCUCAGCCAUCUCUCGCACUCCCUCGGCCCCGUCUUUUCUAUACGCCUCGGCUCUCGUCUCGCCGUUAUCAUCUCGUCUCCAACGGUAGCAGAAGAAUGCUUUUUGACGAAAAACGACAUCGUUUUGGCAAAUCGGCCUCGUUUCAUCAUGGGCAAGUACGUGGCUUAUGACUACACCUCCAUGGUUACGGCUCCUUACGGUGACCAUUGGCGAAACCUCCGUCGUAUCACCGCCUUAGAAGUCUUCUCCACGAAUCGACUCAACGGCUCAGCAGAAAUCCGACAAGACGAAGUGAAGAGGCUUCUCCAAAAGCUUCACGGUUUAUCUGUGGAACGCCCGGCUAACGUGGAGUUACGACCGUUACUAACUGGUCUUACCCUAAAUGUGAUAAUGAGAAUGAUGACCGGAAAGAGAUUCUUCGAAAAAGAUGAGAGCGGAAAGGCGGCGAUAAGCUUGGAGUUCCGGGAACUAGUGGCGGAGAUUCUAGAGCUCUCCGCGGCCGACAAUCCAGCUGAUUUUUUGCCGGCUCUACGGUGGUUUGACUACAAGGGUUUGGUCAAGAGAGCAAAAAGGAUUGGAGAAAGGAUGGAUAUUUUAUUACAAGGGUUUUUGGAUGAGCAUAGAGCUAACAAAGACAGAUUGGAGUUUAAGAACACUAUGAUUGGUCAUUUGCUUGGUUCUCAAGAAAAAGAGCCUCAUUACUACAGUGAUCAAACCAUCAAAGGUCUUAUACUGAUGAUGGUAAUAGGAGGUACGGAUACAUCGGCCUUAACCGUAGAAUGGGCAAUGUUAAAUUUAUUGAAUCAUCCACAAGUACUAGAGACCACGAGAAAAAACAUUGAUACUCAAAUGGAAUCAUCAUUAUCAUCAUCAAGUACUCGUCAAUUGUUGAAAGAAGAAGAUUUGGUGAACAUGAACUACUUGAACAAUGUUGUGUCCGAGACACUAAGGCUUUAUCCUGUGGCACCACUUAUGGUUCCUCAUUUGCCAUCUUCUGAUUGUGUAAUUGGUGGGUUUGAUGUUCCACGUGAUACGAUCGUGUUGGUUAACUUGUGGGCUAUACAUCGAGAUCCAAGGGUGUGGGAUGAUCCGAUGUCGUUUAAGCCAGAGAGAUUUGAAGGGAGGGAUCAGUUUGGACAUUACAAUGGUAAGAUGAUGCCCUUUGGGUUAGGGAGACGGGUUUGUCCCGGGAUGAGUUUGGCUAACCGGGUUGUUGGGUUGCUGUUGGGUUCGAUGGUUCAGUGUUUUGAAUGGGAAAGUGGCUCAGGAGGUCAGGUUGAUAUGACUGAAGGUCCAGGACUUAGUAUGCCUAAGGCUGAACCAUUGGUUGUCACGUGCAGACCACGUGAGAUGGCUUCCGAGUUGUUGUUCUUCGGAUCAGAGCCAAGCAAUAAGAAUGUCUAGAUUGGAUUUUGUAAAACUAUAAGUUAAUACAUUUUUUUUGGUUAACGAAGUUAAUACAUUAUAUCCAUAUGAUUCAGUGAUUUGGAUUUUGAUUUGCUAUACAGCAAAAUGGUUGGAGACACUCAUUUUUUUUUUUUGGCCAACUGGCAUGGGACUAUGUGUUUAUUGUAAUCAUGUAAUGUCAUAUACUCAUAUAUGCAAUGUUGGUUGAGAUAA